AUGAAUACUGGGCAAAAGGUCUUCCAUUUGAAUGAAUGCAGUAUACGGAAUAAGGUAAAUGAUAUUGUAGCAGAGUUAGAGAUUGGCAGGCGUGAUGUUGAAGGCAUCACUGAGUCAUGGCUGGAAGAAGAUCACCGAUGGGACCUUAAAUCCCAGAAUACACCUUAUAUUGAAAGAACAGGCAGGGAGGCAGAUGAGGUGGGCUUUCGAUGCGUUUAUGAGCAGCACAAUGGAACAGCUUCCAGACCUGCCGCCUCACACUCCAGUCACCGGACCUCUCGAGCUGUCAGUUUGAGAGUUUGCUUUGUCUCUCUCUCUCUGGCUGUGUGGGUUUCCUCUAGAUGUUCUACUUCAUUUCCACAUCCCAAAGGUUCUUUCGAAGACCCUGACCUGGAGUUACUCUCUGACAUUGGUUCUUCGCGGGAAUGGGACCCGCUCUCGGGGGUCUCACGACUGGCCGUUAUUUUGAUAUCCCAAAUUACCGGGCGAACGAGUAGUCUCUGGGGGCGAGAUGUGUACCUGGAGUGUGAAGAAGUCAUGGAUCGGACAGAUUGGAAGUACUGUACUCAUGUGCAGAGCGAAAAGCCUGGAGGAGCAGGCCCUAAAUACUUAAUCUUCAGAGGAAUCAUGGAAGAUUUGAGUUGA